AUGGCUGUGGCCAGCAUGUCCAUGCCUGGAAGGAUGGGCACCCCUAGAGAUCUUGAUGACUACAGUCAUUACAGCGCCCUGUCAGAUGAGGAGCUGAUGCAGCUGGCCAUUGAACGCAGCCUCACUGAGGACCACACCUCUAUUAACGCCAUUCAAUCAUCCCCACCUGUAAAUGUGAGACCCCUGGUGCCUGUGAUUGAGAAUGGUGAUUUAAAGGCCUUAAAAGAAAUAGUGAAAUGCAAUCCAAAGAGUCUCUUUGUACCAAAUGAGGAUGGAUGGAUUUCUCUACACGAAGCUGCAUAUUACGGUCAAGAGGAAUGCCUCAAGAUAAUAUUAAGAGCCCAUCCUGGGAUAGUGAACACAUGUGGUACAUGCAAUCAGACCCCACUUCUUUUGGCUGCCAUCUUUCACCAUGUGAAUUGUGUGGAAUGCCUUCUAGACAGAGGUGCAAAUCCCAACAUUGCCAAUAACGACGGAGAAACACCACUCUUGAAAGCUUGUGGGAAGCCCAAUGCAGAGAUUGUAGACCACCUCCUAAAGUAUGGAGCCUCAGUGCACAAGGCUUGUGUUCAGGGUGUGACACCUCUCCAUGAAGCAGCCGGGCAUGAUAACGUGGAAAUUUGCCAGAUGUUGUUGGAUGCCGGUGCCAAGCUUAAUACAGCCAAUAUCUACGGGAUAGACCCUUUCUUUAUGGCAGCACAGAACGGGAGAGUGGAGGUGUUGUCUUUCCUGAUUAGCAAAGGGGUUGAUAUGAACUGCCAGGCAUGUGAUGGGGCAACACCCUUGUACGAGGCAAGUAAGAAUGGUCACAAGGAAGUUGUGGAACUGCUUCUAUCUCAGAAAGCAGAUGCAAACCGAACAACCAAGUCUGGCCUCGUGCCUCUUCAUGUUGCUGUCCAGAAAGGACAUUUUGACAUUGUAUCCAUGCUGAUCCCUGCCACAAGUAAGGCCAAAGUUCAAUGCAGUGGCAUCAGUCCCCUCCACCUGGCUGCUGAGCACAACAGGGACUGGAUUCUAGAAGUGCUUAUCAAGGGAGGAUAUGACGUCAAUCUCCAGCUGGCAGAAGACCGAUCCAAAAUGUAUGAGGACCGUCGCAGCACAGCGCUCUACUUCGCUGUCGCCAACAACAACCUAGAGGCUGCCGAAAUGCUUCUGGAGGCCGGCGCUAACCCCAACCUUGACAUGUUCAACCCUCUUCUUAUCGCUGUGAGGCGGGGUUGCAUGGAAAUGAUCACAAUGCUGGUGGAGCACGGAGCUAACAUGAACGCGUCCAUCCUCACACACCCCUGCUCCUUCCCGGCAGUGGUCAUGCUCGGUAUGAAGUAUUCACAAAUCCUGAAGUAUCUGAUGGACAAUGGCUGCGAUGCCCUUUCCUGUUUCGACUGCACAUAUGACAGCAAGCCACACCCACCCCUGAAAACUUUAAGUAGGGGCAGAGGAUUCGCCGAAAUGUUGCACUACGCUACGGAUGAGGACGAAGCUCCAAUCAACAUGUGCAUCCAGUUCUGUGAGACGAUCAACGAUCCGACGAUAAGCUGCUGGGCUGGACCCAUCAUAGACACGCUCCUGGAUUAUGUUGGCCAUGUGAAACUCUGCUCCCGGCUGAUCGAGCACCUGGAUAGCAACCAUGAUUGGGCAGGGAUCAAAGUGAAAGCAAUUGAGAGUCCUGUGGUUGCCCUUCAGCCCAACAUCCCGGAGGUAUACCAGGACCUGCGGGAGGUAUUGUCCAAGACCACCGCCACCGGUCUUCCUCUUCAUCGCCGCUGGGACUGUGCCAUCAACCCGUAG